UGCCUCUCUGUCACACUUGUACAUUCGUACGCAAGGGACCGUGCGCGUUGGAGGGUCUGCUAUCUUGUGGUCUGAAUCGGAACCAUAAACAGGCACAUUUACAUGUCAAGUGUUUUCUUGUGCAUAGUAGGUUCUGCCAUCUUGUGGGCUACAUCGGAACAAUAAACAUCACAUUUACGCUUCGCGCCAAAAAUCUGACAGCUCCUGUGCUGCCUCCUACAGUUCAUGCAUGCAUGAAAUCUACUCACUACAUGAUAGGAAGUAAACAAUAAAUAAAAUGUACUCACUACUAAUCCACUCAAACAUUUAAAAAUUGCAUUAUGAGCUUCGAGGUGACUGUUAAUCUUACAAUAAAAUCGCUUUUAAAUAUUAGAAAUAUUGUGUUUAGACCUGGAUACAAACUUUCUAAAUGGUGUUACAUGCCUAUAUACGUAACUCCCAAUAGUUUAUUUUCGGUUAGUACCAGUUGUAGCACAUCACUAUUUAUAAGACUUAAAAAACCAGCAACACAUGAAAUGUCAUUUUAGUCUACGGGAUAAAAAAUAGACUAUAGGAACAAAAACAAAUUACUAAUAAUGCCCUUGAAUUUCAUUUUUGCGCCGGCAUUUCGGCACUAUAUAAUUAAAUUGACAAUAUAGGCAGGAUGCAUGUGCAAGAACUGACGGCGGCACAGGAGACGCUUAUUCAUUGGCGCGAAGCAUUAUGUCAAGUUUCUAUUUUUAGAUUUAAUCCACUAGAUGGCAGACCCUACUAUGCGAAAUAAGGCUAGUGUAGCGGGCACACAGACCACUCAUGGGCAGCACCAAAGAGCAUAUUAUCACUACGUUUUAGGCAGACCUUCCAACACGCACGGUCUCUAUAGUCCGUAUUACUCAUAAUCAUGAAACCUUGAUAAAACCAUAAAACCACUGAGACUUAUUCUGUCAUAAUCGUUAAAAUUUAUGAACGAAACAUAAAUGUCAAGCUGAGAAAUUAAAAAGUCAUUUUGACACAUAUAUUAUAUGUCUGUUUUGUACUGGGAUGUGGGAUGUUUUAUUCGUUAUUUACCAGUAAAAAUAAUUUGUUGUUCUUUUCCCAAGGAAAUAAUCUUAAUUGAUGUGUAUAGUUUUUGUUUCAAAAGUGGUAAAUUACGAAAUUUCGAUUCAACUUUAUUGAAGACUUGAACCAUGGACCCGUAUGGGAAUGUACCGGUUUUCAUAGACGUGGAACGAGCACCCGAUCGGUAUAUUCUUAACCAAGAAAAGUGCCAUAACCUCAUUAAUAACACCAAAAUGGAGACCAGCACUGGGGAGAGCCAGGCAUUUGAUCCAGGAGCAAGCCAGUCUCCAAUGGUGCAUCAAAACCAACCAAUGCCGACAAGUCAAACAACUUCAAACCAAGACAUGCAAGUGACGUCAAGUGAAAAUGAAGCUGGUCAAAGUGAAGCUAAAAAGCCUAGUGGGACAAGGAAGGCUGCAUCAGAUAAAGCGGAUGAGGCAGACUUAUUGCCGGUUCCGCGUCGCAUUCGCUGUCCUGAAUGUCAGCGAUACACCGCAGAGAAUGAGGAGAAAAUGCUGCGGCACAUCAAAAAGGUCCAUAAAGGCGAAAACCCCUUUCAAUGUUACAUGUGCGACUACAGCACAUACAAUAAAAGUUUAUUCGAAGAACACGUUCGCAUCCAUCAAGGUAUUAAACCCUUCAAAUGUUCCCGAUGCGAUUACAAGAGCGCUUCAAAGAAAAACUUAAAAAAACACGAAUUGAUCCAUAGACCAAACAACCCGCUAAAAUGUAAACAAUGCGAUUUUAUCGGAAGACAUUCAAAAGCCUUAAAAAGACACGAAGAAACUCACUCGGACGCUGAUUGGCUGAAAUUUGACAGUUGCAAAUUCCAAUUUCAAAAUUUGGCCGCGUUCAAAAAACACGAACGCACCCAUAAGUUUAAAUGUAAAGAUUGCGAUUUUAAAAGCUGUUCGAGACCGUUUUUAAAACGACAUAUGGUUAAGGAGCAUGGUUUGACAGAUGACAAUGUCAAAUGGGGCAGUUUUAGCUGUAGGAUUUGUGGUUGGACUUCUAGUACAAUGGCGAAGAUUCUGCUGCAUCUGAUACAUCAUCCGAAACAAGAGGUUGAUGAAAGUGUUAUAGAUAUAAGUAUUUUAAGGAAACAUGGUAUUAUGGGGUGAAAUCGAACUAAUCUAUUUUAUCAUUUUUAACCCUUUGUGCCACCCAGUGGCGGGGCAAGACCAACAUUGUGGGCAAGGUACUCUUAGCGAGGCCCUCUGGUGGCGCAAGAAAUAACGAACAUUUUUACAUUGUGUCUGAGAUAUAGGUACUUAUUUGAGGCGCAAGGCCCCUCGGACCGCGAGGCCGUAGGCGGUGGCCCACGUCGCCCACGCCUAACGCCGUCUCUGGUACCACCCCACACUAGCGUCUUUCGAGCAUCUAUACUCUGUAUCUUUAGGUAUUUAAAUAAAAGCAAACAAAAUCUACCGUCAAAUGGCUCCUUAAGCCAGUGGAAGAUAGAUGAAAACAUUACAUGAUCAAAUAAUGUACCAAGUCAGGUUCAGUGAUAUAUCCAGGCGGUUUUGUAUUUGGUUAGUUAACCAAUACAUGUUAUAACUACCCGGAAAUGUACAAAAUGUUCGUUUACUUUUAUUUAAAUACCUAAAGAUACAGAGUAUAGUGAACUUUAUGGCUGCUGCUAGACGCAACGUUGGCGCAACUGCGUAGCGACGCUAUUUUCCAUAGCGCUGACUAGACGCCGACGCUCAAAAGACGCUAGUGUGGGGUGGCUCUUUGAACGCCAUACCUAUCGUGCGCAGCGCGUCAUCGUGUACCUUAUUGGCUUAUUCGGCUUUGGUCGUCAAAGGGUUAGGUUAGACCAAGCUAAGUUGGCAGCGAUUUUGAUAGCCCAGCCUGUGCAAGUGUUAAGUAAACGUCAUAAUUUCAUAGAAGGUUGACGUUUGAAAUAACACUUGCACUGUCUGAGUUGUCAAAAUCGCUGCCAACUUAUCUUGGCCUGACUUCUUGCUCACUACGGACGCAAUAGAACGCUACAGCUAAUAAUGGUAUUGACAAGUGGUUUUUAAGGAAAAAUAAAAUUCAAUGAAUAUUGUAUAAUUUACUUAAACAUUUUAUAUUUACAAUAUUGUAAACAAUAAAACUUAAAUACAUUU